UGCUGCACCCACCAAUUCACCAUCUUCAACGAGAUUGCUUGCCCAUUGACAUGAGAAAUAAUCGAUAUUUUCAUUGUAGCCUUCAUCUUUGCAGCAUCCGUAUACGAGAUAUUCUACUGAAUAAAUCUAGCCUUGUCGGAAUCGUUCUGCGCUAAUACAAAGAGAAAAUUUCUUCUCAGAAUAAUUACCAAGAUGCCCACAAAAGGCAGAACAGCCAACAGUAAUGGCAUGCGAGAUGAAGAUCUGUCUUCCGAAUCGGUGGAAGUCCUGCGGGAACGGUUGAACCAGAUGAAACGAUUGAUAGCUGAGCGCCAAAACCAAUCGAGCGCAAGUAGCAGCGCAUCGGACAUGUGGUCCCCGCAGACACGUUCCGCCUGCAGUGGCAUCAUCGAUGGUAAUUUCCUGUCGAUGGCCUUCGGCGGGGCGCUGAUAGUGAUUUUGUCUGUUUCGGUGUAUGCCUUCUACAAUCUGUAUCACGCGGUCCUGAAGAAGUUUCCCUCUCAACACACUGAAUUGUAAAUUUAGUGAUAUAAUUUCUAUAAGCACGAAUAUGACUGGUUUUCAAUCCAGGUGUGAAAGAAUGCUUUUCUAUCCAGAUUUGAAAGAAUGAAACUUUCAAAAAAUUUUCGAGAGUAAAACAGUGUUAGUAAAAUGAAGAACGUCGAAAUAAUUCCAGUAGAAUCUGGCUGUUCGGCAACUAGUCAUAUUUUUACUUCAAUAGCUAAACACUUUUCUAAAAGCCAAAAAAAGUUUUCCUUGUUUUAAUUGAAAAAAACCCUUUUAUGUUUCAAAUUUUACAUUUAGAUUCUCAAUAAAUGUCUUGUGAAUAAGCACACAUAAUUUUUUUUUUUAACAAGUAGUUUUAUUAAGGCAUUUAACUCAAUUAAGCACACAUAACUGAACAAUUAUAUAAGUUCCAAAAAUUUAAAAUAAACUGAAAUAACCAAAUAAAACUUAUCAGACUGUCCUAUGGUUAUUUUGCAUGUAUACAGAGUUGAGUUAAGACUAAAACAACUUAAAAUCCUUAAAUUCGAAUCAGAAAAUUUAAAAAUCAAACUAAUCUUGAAUCUCAUAAAAUCAUAAGAUUGCAACUCACUUUCAGACAAGAGUUAUGUUAUAUGAUAUGAGAUUUAGAGGAGAAAAUCAAUAAAUUUAAUUAUAAUUCCUGCUAA